AUGAAUUUCGUUGAUAAUUCGACGAGCCACUACAUCGCAGUUGGUACAACAAUCGUAUUCGAAUAUGAUAACGAUAGACAACCAAUUGGUCGAUUGAUUCUGUUCAGUUGUAGAAAAGUAAACGUCAAAAAUGAUUUUAUUCUAUUCAGCGAUGAGAUAUACUCAAUAACCGUUCUUCGAUACAAUCCUUCGGGACAUACAUUUGAAGAAAUUACCACUGAUGUUUCACCGCAACCAAUCACUGGGUGCCAGUUUAUCGAUGAUGACACAUUUGUUUGUACAGAAACUCAUGGAAAUCUAUUAUGCUAUCACAAAGACCAUGAAUCCACAAAGGAAUUAGAUAGAAAGCUACUGACUCGACUUGAACAGUAUCAUCUAGCAGAACAAAUCAAUAUAUUUCGACAUGGUCAUUUCGUGACACAACAGACAUCACAAUCAACAAUUUUCCUUGCAACAUGUUCGCUGAUGGCUGUGACAUCCGGUUACAUUGGUCUCGUCGUACAAUUACCACCCUCAUUAUAUCGACUUCUUGCAUCAUUAGAAAAGAGCCUUGCUCAACACAUACCAAAUGUAGGUCAAAUUGAACAUAGUACAUGGCGUUCAAUCAGAGCUGAUAAACAAUCAACUAUUUCGUCAGGUUUCAUUGAUGGCGAUCUAAUUCAAUUGUAUCUGACUUACUGA